AUGGAGGCCAGGGCGCCGUCGGCGGCGAGCGCGAGGGCCGUGGCGGCGCUCCUCGUCGCCGCCCUCCUGCUCGGCGCCCCCGUCUCCGCCUCGGCCGCGUCCUCGUACCCCGCAAAGGUCCUGGGCGGGCUCUUGACCAGCACGGCGACGGCGGUGGCGAAGAAGCUCUGGUCUCUCAAAUCGACCGCCAGGACGGCAGCGACGGCGGCGGCCUCCGGGAGGUCCAUGGUGAAGUACGAGGGCGGGUACGCGGUGGAGACGGUGUUCGACGGCAGCAAUCUGGGGAUCGAGCCGCACUCCGUCGAGCUCACCCCCGCCGGCGACCUGCUCCUGCUCGACUCCAUGAACAGCAACCUCUACAGGGUCCAGCUGCCCUUGUCCCGAUAUAGCAGGCCAAAGCUUGUCGCUGGUUCGCUUGAAGGAUUAUCUGGUCAUGUUGAUGGUAGGCUCCGGGAGGCCAAGCUGAACCACCCUAAGGGAUUUACAGUCGACGACAGGGGCAACAUUUAUGUUGCAGACGCUAUGAACAUGGCAAUAAGAAAGAUCAGUGAUACAGGGGUCACAACCAUUGCUGGGGGGAAAUCAAUGAGAGGUGGACACAUGGAUGGACCAAGCGACGAUGCAAAAUUUUCAACCGAUUUUGAAAUCCGCUAUAUCAGCAGUAGCUGCUCCCUCUUGGUCAUUGACAGAGGAAACCAAGCAAUUCGGGAGAUCCCACUCCAGCCUGAUGACUGUGAAUAUCAGGAUGAAGCUGGUUUCCCUCUAGGUGUUGCCUUGCUUUUUGCUGCUGGUUUCUUUGGUUACAUGCUUGCGUUGCUCCAGCGCCGUGUUUUAGGAAUGGUCUCAGCAACAGAGCCAUUCAAGCCUUCGUUUCGCCCGCCGCUGAUCCCAAAUGAAGACGAAGCUGGGAAACAUGAAGCUGAAGAGGGAUUCUUCACCUCGAUGGGCAAGCUCAUGGGAGGAGCAAAAUCAUCCGUGGCAGACAUGUUCUCCCGAAAGAAGCGCCCCGCAAGACAGCACCAUCAGCAGCACCAGCAGAGAAGGGCCAACCCUUGGCCAGUGCAAGAAAGCUACGCCAUCCCGCACGAGGAAACGCCUCCGCCGCUGGACUCGAGAGGGCCAACCCCUCAGAAGAACUACGCCUUUGUGACGACGGAGCCUGAGAAGGCUCACCACGUCCGGCAUGGGCAGCCCUAUCUUGGCGGUUGGGAUGCACGCGGCCCUCAACCGCCGCCGGAGCAGCAGCAAGUGUAUCCCCACCACCAGCAGCAGCACAGGCAGCCGCCGGAGCAGCAGGCGUACCAGCUGCAGCAGCAGCACCAGCAGAGGCGGCAGCCGGAGCAGCAGAUGUACCAGCUGCAGCAGCACAGGCAGUACUCCUCCGGGCCGCAGACCUUCUACGAGCAGAGCUGCGAGACGACGAACGAGGUGGUGUUCGGCGCGGUCCAGGAGGUGGACAGCAAGCGGCGCAUGGUGGAGAUCAAGGCGGUGAACUACGGCGACACCUUCUACGAGCAGUAUGGGAUGCGCUACCGCAACAACUACAUCGGCUACAACAGCAACAACUACUGA